AAAGGGAUUGAGCAAAGAUGUUUUAAUGAUUUAAAAAGCGUUUUUUUCCUUAAACUGGUGGUUUGGCAAAGAGAAAGGGCCUCUUGGCGGUGGCCAGCACGGGGAGGGGCUGAGGGACCCCCACGGACCCCACUUGACGCCUCUGCUUCUCUCUCCCUGCAGCGCCGAGGUGUGGGGGUCCCUGCGCCGCUGGGAUUCGGGGACGAGCGCCUUCGCCCACAGGUCCUACAGGACCCACCACAUCCCCCCGGCCCUGCCUGAGCCCCGGCCCCCCGGCUGCAGGUGUAGCCCCCCGGGGCGGGGCUGCUUUGCCCCCCCACCUCCCGGUCUGUGCCCUGCUAAGUAAAUUCUCACUUGACAUCUGCAGCUGCCUCCUCCUUGCCCGGCCAUGGGAUGUUGCCCCCUGUGCCGGCCACCCGGCUCGCACGGCACCCAGCUUGGUGCCACCUUCACCAGGCCGUUGGCCACGUGGGGCUGUGGAGGAUGGGGGCACCAGGCCCCCCCCAAACCACCCAGAGGCUUGGUUGUGUGGCUCUUGGUGUUGGAGGGGGGCACAUGGUGGCAGCGGUGGGGUGUGCAGGGAGCCACAGGUGGGCAUCCCCUGGGGUGGCACUCUGUGCCCCAUUGCCUGGGCGGGGGCUGCAGCCCACUCGUGUGAUGAGCGUGGCGGUUCUCAGCACGCCUCAGUGGUGGGCACUCGGACGUGACAAAUGCUCCUCGGGGAAACGAGCUGGACCUGUUUGUGACGGGGCUGCGGCCAGCGCAGGAAUGUGGGCGGUUGGCAGCCGCAGGUGGGUCCCAUGGGGAUGCAGAGCCCGGCUGCCUGCACUCCCACCCCAGGCACCCAGGCGCCCACACGAUGCUCCCGCUGCUCCUCCUGCUCCUGGCAACAGCCCACGGCCUGGAGACACUCGAGUACAGUCCGACCCUGGCCACACUGCCUCUGGGGGGCCUGAAGACCACCUCCACCUUCGUGCUGGAGCAGCCCCGCUGCGUCUUCAAUGUGCGAGACGAUGCCGUCAUCUGGCUGGUGGUGGCCGUCCCCAAGGCCGUACCCGACUUCAACAACAGCGUGGAGCCAGGGACCCCCGAGAGGGCAUUCCAGGGCUUCCCCACCACCGCCCCCGCCUACAUGACCCUCAACAGCACCCUCCUGCACUACCCCUGCCCCAAAAAACCCGGGGACAUCACGGUGCUGCGUGUGGGCAGCGAGACCAGCUGCACCAGGGCUGAGAACAGACCCACCUGCAACGGCCCCCUGCCUGGCCCUGGGCCAUACCGGGUGAAGUUCCUCGCCCUGGAGGGCUCCGAGCCCGUGGCAGAGACAGCCUGGUCGGAACCCAUCACCCUGAGGACAGCCCAGUCACCCAGCAGCAUCCCCACCACGGGCAGCGGGCACAGCGCCAGCAUGAUUGCCAUCACCUCUAUCCUCUCCAUCCUCUUCGCCAUCCUGCUGGCCGGCCUGCUGGCCAUGCUGGUCUUGGGCUCAGACACCUGUGGCGGCAGCAGCACCUUCAGCAAGCCGGAGGCAGUGACAGUGCAGCGGUACAACACCCACCACGUCUACGACCAGCCGGCUGCACGGCUCUGAGCCCCCCCAUGGCCCCCAAUGUCCCCCCGCAGCCCCCCACCCCACCUCCCCACCUGCUCCCGCCAUCCCAUGUGCCCUUGGGUGCCCUCGGGAUGGCACCACCGGAGCGGGUGGCACGGUGCCCACCGCAGGGGCACCGCCAGCACGUAGGGAGGGGGGGCCCUGGGGAGCUGCGAAGGAGCGGAUUAAAGGC